GAGAGUCCAUCGAAAGAGGACUUAGGGGGCCAAACUAGCACAUCUGCUCCUUCCGUGUAUGGGUGUUGGAGCUCUCUGCUUGGAAGGCAAAGGCAUCUCGGGAACCAUGGAGGGUACAAGAACGUUCCUUGAUGUUAAAGAGUACCCUGACCCAGAGGUACAGAGAGAUCGAGUAUUCACUCUGGAAGAAUGGCAAGAAAAGUGGGUGAGCCGCAAAAUUGGAUUCCAUCAGGAGCAAGGGCAUCAGCUAUUAAAGAAGCAUUUGGAUACUUUCCUUAAGGGCGGGAACGGACUGAGAGUAUUUUUUCCUCUUUGUGGAAAAGCGGUUGAGAUGAAAUGGUUUGCAGACCUAGGACACAGUGUCGUAGGUGUGGAAAUCAGUGAACUUGGGAUACGGGAAUUUUUUACAGAGCAGAAUCUUUCUUACUCAGAAGAACCCAUCACGGAAAUUCCUGGAGCCAAAGUUUUCAAGAGCUCUAAAGGGAACAUUUCGUUGUACUGUUGCAACCUUUUUGAUCUUCCCAGAGCCAAUAUUGGCAAAUUUGACCGGAUCUGGGAUAGAGGAGCAUUAGUUGCUGUGAACCCAGGCGAUCGUGAGCGCUAUGUGGAUGUCAUCCUGUCCCUAACGCGGAAAGGGUUUCACUACCUCUUGGCCACUCUUUCUUAUGAUCCCACUAAACACGCAGGCCCACCAUUUUAUGUUCCAGAUGCUGAAGUCAAAAAAUUAUUUGGUUCAUUAUGCAACAUCCAUUGCCUUGAGAAGGUUGAUGUUUUCAAAGAACAACAUAAAAGUUGGGGAAUUGACUGCCUUGUUGAAAAGUUGUAUCUAUGUACGGAAAAGUAAAUGAGACAAGUAAAAAGUGAUAUCAACAUGUUUUUGGGCAACUGACGGUUAUGCUAAGGCGAGAAACUAUACUGGAUUGCUCUUGAAAAAAACUGUUUAUAAAUCACAUUACAGAUCUUUGCUCAUAAAUGUGUAUAACUUUAUAGAAAAGAAUACAACUAAAUUGUUAAAGUAGCUACCUUUAGAAAGGAAAGUGUAAUUGGAGGGGUCAAAGAUUAUACCUGUUUUACUUGGAGAUUGCAAGAAAUUUUUUACAA